AUGGAGCUGAAGGAGGCGUUCGGGGAGUUUGAUAAGGAUAAAGAUGGCUACAUCAGCUGUAAGGAACUGGGAGAGUGCAUGAGGACUAUGGGGUACAUGCCCACAGAGAUGGAGCUCAUCGAACUCAGCCAGAACAUCUGUGGCGGCAGAGUGGACUUUGAGGACUUUGUGGAGCUGAUGGGUCCUAAAAUGUUGGCAGAGACAGCAGACAUGAUAGGAGUGAAGGAGCUCAGGGAUGCUUUCAAAGAAUUUGACUCUAACGGGGAUGGUCAGAUAAGCCUGGCUGAACUGAAGGAGGCCAUGAAAAAGCUGGUGGGGGAGCAGCUCAACCAACCAGAGAUCGACGAGAUCCUCCGAGAUGUCGACCUCAACGGGGACGGCUUGCUCGACUUUGAGGAGUUUGUCAGGAUGAUGUCUCGCUGACUCUCCUGGCCAGAAGACCGUGAUGACAUGACUUUAAGAGACUAGUAAACAACAAAACCUCCUCUGUUAGAUGUUAUGGACCAGUCCUCAGUAUGUUGUUGU